GUCAUCACGUCAAGAUGUGCAAUGGGAACGAGUAAAGAACCUCGAAAAACACAGGAACAGCGACAUUGAGGGAGUCAGGAGUUGUUCAGAAGAAGUCAGAAAGGUGACUAGACUCACAGCUGAUGGAUUAACAUUUAUGGAUCUUCUUGUAGAUGUAACCAAGAGGAUCUGGUCCCUGUUCCUGUUCUGACUGAAGAUGGCCACAGCAGCAGAGGACCCCAACCUGGGGUCAGGCCCCGAUGGUGGCGACGAUGUGUCUUCAUCAGACAGCGGGUCUGACUCAGACAGCAUCCUCUCUGACGACUCUGUGCUUCCAGUCUACACGUCAGAAACAAGAAACGGCAGUGCGGCAUCAUCCCUGUACCAGGCCUGUGCCCGCAAUGAGCCUGCCUCUCUGCACAAUGUUCUGGAGAGAGGGAUCACAAAAGAAGAGGCGAUGGAGAUGGACAUAAAUGGCUGGAACGGUCUGAUGGUGGCCUGCUGCAAAGGGUUCAUAGAAAUUGUGCAUGGGCUUCACAACUGUCCCUUUAUAGACAUAAACCACCAAGACAAUGAAGGCAACACUGCACUAAUGAUAGCAUCACAAGCAGGUCAUAUCAACACGGUAAUGUAUCUACUGAACUACUUCCCUGGUAUAGACACUGAAAUAAAGGACUGUCGAGGUUUCACAGCCCUCAUCAAAGCUGCCAUGACAGGCCGCACCGAUGUCAUGGCAGCCCUCAUUAUGGCCGGGGCUGACAUACAUGCAGUGGACUCCACAAAAGGAAAGUGUGCUCGGGACUGGGCACUUAAAACAGGUCGCUACGAGACUCUGCAUCGUCUUCGCCGACUUAAUUUGAGGCCAAAAGCUGAGCAGUUCUGUGAGAGCUACGUCCCUGAAUGGCCUGAGCUCAAAGAAAAAGUGGCCAAGGCUACAGCUGAGAAAAGCGCAAGUGAAAAAAUUGCGCAGCGAAUCAAAAACACAUUUGGAUUUAGACUUCCUCACGACCCAGAGGACAAUGGGGUCUUGGACCACAUGGUGCGCAUGACCACGAGUAUCCACAGUCCUCUCAUUUCAACUGGAUGUCGGCCGCUGUGCCCUACGAGUCCACCAGAGAUGGGAAAGAGGCGGUUGGCUGUGCCAGAGCUGGUUAAGAAACACACCCAGAAAGACCUUGAAGAAAGCUCGGUGUGCCACAGCAAUGGCUCAGUGUCACACAUUAUCCCCACUAUCAACUCCGCAGAGUCCAUCUCUGCAUCAUGCUGCACCAACGAUGAACAGCAAGCCGGCCUCCUCUCCCUGGCCUCCACCAAAGUCGCUACAACAUUUAUUCCUCGCAGCAUGGCAAGACGAAACAGCGUGUUCCCCUCUGGCUGUAUCCCCGCCAUCAGCAUCAACAGGCCUUCAGAGGCAACGCCAAAGAAAGAAAAAAAGAAAAAGAAGAGUAAGGGUUUCCUGGAACCACCAAAGUGGAGGUACAAAGAGAUCAAGGAUGAGAAAAAGAAGAAGAUGAAUGAAAAAGAAAAGGAAGAAAAGGAGAAGAAGGAGAAGAAAAACAAGAAGCCCAAAAACUAAAAUGGUCAUGAAUAGGCUGCUUUGCUGUUUGAAUGAUCCUUUUUGAGGACAAUAAACUUUAUAAAUGCAACUCAGGGAUGAAACUGUCAAAACCAAUACACAUAUAUGUGUAUAUUUUAAGUAACAAUAGCAAUAAUACAUUUAUUCUUUCAUCAUAUAUCCACAUUUCCUAGACUUGAAAGAGGGGCUGAUAAGACAACAACAGAUGAUAGACAUGCUUACUGAUUCUCAUUCUUGUAGGUGCUUAAGCAUGUAUAGUGUCUACCUCGUCACUCACAUAAAGCACAGACAGCUGAAUGUGAAGACCUGCACAUCCAUUUGCAAUGCAAGACGUAAACAUUAUUGUAUGUCACAGUUUACUUACACUACUAUCUUAUACUGAUUUAUAUUUGAAUUGAAUUUUAUUUGGCUGUAAAUAAUGUACAUGAUGUAGAAAGCAAAGCUUAUGAUCUGUUUAUUCUUCCAUUUCCUCUAUUUCAAUUCAGAGAUUUAUUGCCAUUUUCUGAUAUUGCCAAUAUCAUAUUCAUGUGAUAUAUCUUGUUUUUAUUGAUUAAAGAGAUUUGGUUAACUUGAUAUUAUGAUAGACAAUAUGACAGUGAGGAAUUAUCGCUAGCUUUGUUGGAGCUUAUAUUGCACUAGUAAAUAUAUUUAUGCAAUAAAAUGGGAAAAUGACACUC